UGAAGCACUCUAUGAAGGUUUUCUUCACUGCGUCCUCUGGAGUCCAAGAGUCUCACAACUUCCCAGAGGUUGUGGCUGUUAUGCUGAUUGAUGACGUUGUGGUGGGUUACUGUGACAGCAGAAUCAAGACAGCAUUACCCAAACAGGACUGGAUGGAAAAAUUAAGAGACGGGGAUCCUAAGUUCUGGAAGUGGUACACAGGGGAGUGUACGGUGCACCAGCAGGUCUUCAGAGAUGAUUUUAUCAGUUUGAAGAAACGCUUAAACCACACUGGAAGUAUCCACAUUUUACAGAACAUGUUUGGCUGUGAACAGGAUGAGGAGACUGGACAUAUCAAUGGUUUUCAUCAAUAUGGUUACAAUGGAGAGGACUUCCUUGUAUUUCAUCUGGAGACACAAACAUGGAUUGCCCCAACACCUCAGUCUGUCAUGACCAAACACAUGUGGGACAGAGACAGAUCCAGAAAUGACCUUUGGAAGAACUUUAUUCACCGUGUUUGUAUUGAUUGCCUGAACAAGCUUUUGGACUAUGGGAGAAGCUCUGUGAUGAGAACAGACCCUACCUCCGUGUCUCUCCUCCAGAAGUCUCCCUCCUCUCCAGUCAGCUGCCAUGCUACAGGUU